CUCAGUUCAAAGAGGAGUGAAGAAGAUGAAGAUAGUCGCUAAGAUUAUAGCCUUGGCUUCCAUUUUCUCUCUUGUUCUAUCUUACUCUUCUUUAGUCUCCUCUCUUCAACAAAGUCUCCAUUUGCUUUCCAUGUAUAUCAGCCUUGUGGACAAGAAGUACAUGUUCUUGUUAUGCAAUGGUAUUGUAGGCUUUAUCAUGGGGAAUUUCAAAACCCUUUUGCACGGCACAGCCAUGAACAUCGUUGAAGAAACGGAAGAACUAAGGAUCAACCACACGCGAAAAUCAGAAAUGAAGAAUGUAGUGGCGCUACUUGGAGAACAGCGUGUAUCCAAAAAAGAGGAGGGAGAAGUAGUGGCACUACUUGGAGUACAGCGUGUAUCCAAAGGAGAAGGAGUAGUGGCACUAAAUGGAGAACUGUGUGUAUCUAAAGAAGAAGAAGACGGAGAAGAAAGGGUUGAUUUAUUAAGAGAAGAAGAAGUUAUAAUGGUCUUUGAGGAUGACAAUGGAGGUAAAGACCUCACUGUCAUUACAAUAGAUGAGCAUGAUGAUGAUGAUGAUGAUGAUGAGAUAAAUGACAACUUAUUAAGUUCGGAAGAUUUGAACAAGAAAUGUGAGGAGUUCAUCAGGAAGAUGAAGGCUGGGAUCAGAUCAGAGUCUCGGAAGUUACUUACCUCUUAGAUAUGUGAUUGUUUUUAGAGU